AUGGAUAAGUUGUCGACCGUACAGACGACGGCGCCGUUGAUCGGUGCCGUGUCACGGGGUGUCACGGAUGUGAAAUUUUCGCGCCCCUUGCCCAGUUCGUCCUUUACGAUCGAGAAUCUGAUCGCCGUCAAGCGAAGGCGUAGUGUGGCCUCGGACAGUUCGGACCAACCGCAGUUCACCGGUGACCGUGAGGUGUCCCUGUCCCCGGUAAUCGAUCCGGUCGAGCGUGGCGCGGACUCACCACAACCGUUCCCCUCCGGAGGAUCCCUGUCCCUGGCGGAGUCCUCCACCCCACAGCAGCAGCACCAACAACAGUACCUGGCGGCGGCGGCGGCGGCUGCAGCGGCAGCGGCAGGAUACAGUGCCGCCAUGCUGUCGUUCGGUUCGUUCCCCCCGCUGUACCACCCGUGGGCCCCCGCUGGCCGCUAUCUGUCGCAGGCGGCGAACGAGAAAUUAUCGUCCUUUUUGUUUCACCACUCGAACGGUGCCAAUAAUAAAUCGCACUCGAGUGAGUCCUCGAGUUUCCCAUCGAUCGACUCCCAGCCUUCGCCCCCGGUGCCGCCCGCUCCACCAGCCUCUCACGGCAUGCCGUUGCCAGCGUCGGGGACGGGAGACGGAAGGGCGAGUCCUCGGGCCAGAAGUGGCGAUAAAUUUCACCCCCAAGCCAACGACGCCGGCCUCCUGUCGAAGGUUUACGCGGCCGCGGCCUAUCAACACCAACACCAUCAGCAGCCGCGCUACCUUGGUGCCUCGUCCCCGGGCGUGCCGUUCCCGGGGUCACUGGAACCGAACCUGCCACACCCGCCACUGGCGCACGUCGCCCAGCAUCGGAUGCUGCCGGAUGAACCUUACGGUACGCCGUUCGAUGGUUCGCGGGCUGGCGGAAGUGACAGCACGCCGACGGCGGUACCCCCCGGUGGGCCAAUGGUGGAGGGUGGCGAUGGUGGCGACGAGGACGGUGGGGACAGUGCGGACGGGUCGGCGUACAGUGACGACAUUAGUCUGUCACUUUCACCGGCCGGAUGUGGCAAAAGUGCCGAUCUUGGAGAUUCCGACUCGGACGCCUGUUCGGAUGACGACGGCACGUCAAACUCGGCCAACCGGCACAAGUCCGGCAGUGGAACCGAGGGUUCCAAAUCUCGUCGUCGCCGGACCGCCUUCACCUCGGAGCAGCUGCUCGAGCUCGAGCGCGAGUUUCAUGCCAAAAAGUAUCUCAGCCUUACAGAGCGCAGCCAGAUAGCGACGAGUUUGAAGCUGAGUGAAGUUCAAGUGAAGAUUUGGUUCCAGAAUCGUCGGGCCAAGUGGAAGCGCGUCAAGGCUGGUCUCAACUCGCACGGCCUCGGGAACCGUAGCUCGGGAGGAUCCGGUACCGGCGGAUCGGGACCAACGAACAAGAUCGUCGUACCGAUUCCGGUGCACGUGAAUCGCUUCGCCAUCCGCUCCCAGCAUCAGCAGAUGGAGAAGAUGAACCUGGUCGGACCGAAGGCGGAACUGCGGAAGGCCGACCUGGGCCUCGUCGAGACCGGAGGUUUCGAGCGAUUUGGAGUGGCCAAACAGAAGCAACAGCAGCAGCAGCAGCAGCACCUUCAAAAGCUGCCAAUCCCUCCAACGGAAGCGCCGGGAUCUCGGCCGAAUCUGCAACCCCUGGGAGUGCCCGGCGAUGGCGUACCUACGGGUGGUGGUGGGAACGGGUCGGUGGGGUUAACACUGUGCUCUCUGGGCAGUCCUUCCCACAAUCCUCUUCCUCUACCGGCCGCUCGUGCACUCAAUCCAAAGGCAUUCUAA